CUCACUCAUUGAAUAUACACUAUACAGUGAUUUUCAGGUCACCGCUCGUGCUCACUAUCUAAAAAUGGCCCUUGCUCAGCGCCCUUCGCUCGUGAAGCCUUUCGGCCGUAGCGCUCGCGCCGUGAAGGUCAUCGCUCACGCAAAGCCCCAGAAUGCUAUUGGUGCGGCCCUCGUGGCUACCUCCCUGGUGCUGACCACCAGCCCUGCGCUCGCCAACACCUACGAGCAGUCGGUGGCUCUGGAGCAGGAGUUCCGCUCCAUCCUGCAGGAGCGCAACCCCAGCGCUGGAAAGGUGGAGGUCGAGGAGGCCGCGCCCAAGGUCUCCAAGAUCCGCGCCGCCGUCACUGCUGCGCCCGCGCCCGCGGUGGAGGCCGAGGCGCCCGAGGCCGAGCCCAAGGCGGCCUUCAGCGCCCCCGCGCCCGCACCCCGCCCAGCGGCCCCGGCGCCGUUCGCCGCCCCAGCUCCGGCGCCUGUGCCGGCGGCUGAGCCCGUCGUGGUGCAGGCUGUGGAAGCCCUGGCUCCCACUCCCACCCCGGCGCCAGUGGUUGCCGCACCGGCCCCUGUGGUGGUGGCCCCAGCCCCUGUGGCUGCUCCGGCGCCCGCUGCUGAGCCUGCUGAGGCUGCUGCCCCGGCUGCCGCCACUGACUCGAGCUCCACCAACAUUGCCCUGCUGGUGGCCGCGGUAGCGGUGGUGGCCGUGGGCGCGAACGCUGCUGCACAGCAGAACAAGCCCGCUGAGGCCACUUCAGCAGCUCCCGCCGCUCCCGCUCCUGCGCCGGCCGCCACUCCUGCUCCUGCUGCGCCGGCCGCUCCGGCUGCCGCUGCUGCUCCUGCGGAGGAGUCCAAGCCCGUGGCUUGAACGGCCAAGCUGUCGGAUGUUACGCGAUUGGCGCGGCGUUGAAGAUCGGCAAGAAGUCCCAGCUGCUGGAUGCAGUCUCACUGGUCCUAACGCCAGCGAAGGUGCCAGUUUGAGAGGAUGAAUGGCGAGGCUUUCAUCUUUCCGCUGGAAAAUCGCUAUCGCGGUUUGCUUCAUCUGUUCAUCGCGCUCAACAUGGCGAUGUAGUGCUGCUCUCGCGCGUUCACCUCGCCUAGCGCUGCCAACUCCAAAUCGGGCACCAGUAGGCUCGGCAACUGGCCGGCUGGUUGUGUGUUGUCUUUUAGGUUGUGUGAUGUCGAUGCAGCUGCCAACACCUUGCGUGCUGGCGUGGCGAUCGGGGCGACCACAUAGUCUGUGACUGGCGCCUUGAGCAGGUUCGGUAGGAGGCCAGGUACGCUCGCUGUCACUAGUUGGAGGCCCUUAGCUAUGCCCUUAGCACAAGAACAUGUGUUCAAGGGCACUAGGCGAGGCGCAGCGAGCACGUUGAGGAUAACUUUGUCCAUUAUGAGAAGAAAAAGCUUAGGUAGGACUGUGUGCUAACAUUAUUUGUGUUUAUGAACUGUGGUCAGGAUGGCGUAAGUGGCAGAAGUAAGCGAGGGUUUCGAACGACGAGGUAGCGUACCCCUGGGGUGUCGACAUGCUGCGUCGUACGGUUCCAAUCCCGGUCUCUCUG